AAUAUCGAAUUUACCCAUACCUAAUUUGCGGACGGCAUUUUGUUUCUAUACCAAGAAAAUUUUACUCUCAUCGGAAAAAUGUCUGAACAUUCUGAAGAAGCUAAUCAUAUUCAAAAGGAGGGUGAAUUCGAUGGACCGCGAAUUAAUCAUUUCGCUCAAAAGUUUCUAGAUGAAUUAAAGGAGGAACGUGAAAGGCUGAGCAGUGAAUUCCCACUAUGCGCUAUACUAAUAGAAGAAGCUAUUGAACGUAUCUGCAGCACUGGACGUGUACCCGGGCGCGAUUAUUAUGCCGAUGUUUACAAGCAGAAACCCAUGAAACUCGUUCAGAAAGUGUUUGUUCCAGUAAAGCAAUAUCCUAAGUUCAACUUUUCGGGCAAAAUAUUAGGACCUAAGGGAAAUUCACUUCGUCGUUUACAAGAUGAGACUCGAUGCCGAAUUUUAAUUAAAGGUCGGGGUUCUAUACGUAACCACGUCAAAGAGGAUGAAAUGCGUAAAUCUGGCGAUCCUCGUCACUCCCAUUUAAAGAAGGAUUUAUUUGUUGAGAUAAGUACCGUUGCAACACCUGCAGAGUCUUAUGCACGUGUUGCUUAUGCUUUGGCUGAAAUAAGAAAAUAUCUUAUUCCUGACAAGAACGACGACGUUGCUCAGGAACAAUUGCGAGAACUGAUGGAAAUCGAUCCGAAGUCUGCCAAACAAUUUUAUAAAUCCGUAUAUGACCAGAAUAUAGCAGCCAAUGAGCCAUCCAAGUAUUUGAACUUUGCCAAACAAUAUGCAUACCAAAUGGAAGAACCAUCUAAUGAUGAAGAGUCCGAAGAGGAGGUGCAUGAAGCUCGCAUACCUAAGCGCACAAUCGUACCAGCUUAUGAACGCACCAAAGCCAAAAUUGUUCCAUCAACUUUGCCCUAUAAACGUCCACCUACUGUCGCUAUAUACGGAACUCAAAUGAAACGUUUUCGGGAAGCUCCGGUUAGACCAACAAUUAAACCAGUUGUCCAUGGAAUAUUAAAGAAAUACAAAUGAACAAGUUGACUACAUUUAAAUAAAUUACAUUCAAAUAAAUAUGCAGCAUAAGAAUACUAAGUAUAACCCACAUGUAACCCAACACGUAAUUAAACCAAGCAUAUAAAUUAAAAACAAUAUGCAACGCAAAUGGGUAUAGCCCGUGCAGUAGAAGCACUUAAUUUCACACCCCUUAAAAAUAUAGAGGUAUUUACUUAUAUACAAACAAAUGAUUGUUUAAUGGUCUAACAAGUAAUAAAUAAAAUGUCAAAUAAAUUUAAA